AUUUUUGUUUUCUUUGCCAAAGCGGGGAUCUGUGUUUGUCGACGAGGAUGAUGCCGAUGGCCCAUUUGUUGUGGUCGGAUUUUACUUCCAGGGAGGAUAAAAUGAAUCAACGGUUUGUCAUUCCUCCUCGCGAUUUAACAUUAGUCCCAGACAGCAGAGCUAACGUUAAGCUAGCUUCACUUGGUUUUUUUCCCCCCACAGGGACGCUUUAGUCAGGCAUGCCCUUGUUCAACGUUUACUUACUAUCCAGAAUAGGGGGGUAAUUUCUACAUGUGAAGGAAAAUGGUGAUAUUCGUGGUAUUUAUCCCGCCGUCACUGCGUCGUCCAUGCUAUUGCUAGGAUUUGGAUCCCCGUGAGGAAAAAAAAUGAGUGAAGAUUCAACAAAUCCAAACAACGAUGACAGUUAUGCGCGUGUGAGAGCAGUGGUCAUGACUCGGGAUGACUCCAGUGGUGGGUGGCUUCCCCUGGGGGGCGGAGGCCUUAGCUGUGUCACCGUUUAUAAGGUCAGCCGGGCGGAGGACAGCGGCAGCACCCACAGUGGAGGCAGCGGAGGAAGCAGCGGCAACCUCAGCCCCUGUAGCCCAAGUCCUAGUCCCAGUCCCACCCCCAGUCCCAGUCCUACUGCUGUGGAGUUCCACAUCAAGGGCGAAAGGCUCAAAGACAAACUGGUGGUACUGGAAUGUGUUCUGCAGAAAGACCUAGUCUACAACAAAGUCAACCCCAUCUUCCACCACUGGAGGAUCAAUGACAAGAAGUUUGGACUGACCUUCCAGAGUCCUGCUGAUGCCCGCGCCUUUGACCGGGGCAUACGCCGGGCCAUUGAGGACAUCCACCAAGGUUGUCGGCCUUUUGGAGAAGGGGAUACUCCUGAGGAUGGACUACCGGUGUGUGAUGAGCCUCCUUCCAUCUGUACCCCAAUGAAAGAGCCCUUCUCUCCGCUGAACAAUGUUGUCUCCACCGAGCCAUUCAGGGGCUGCUACGUCCGUGCCCAGCCCUUCGACGAGUUCCCCUCCAACAACCGCCGCUACCUGCCUCCACAGUCAACUCGCCGUGUCAGUUUUCGCGUGGACGAAGAGGAGAUUGUUCGCAUCAAUCCACGCAAAGACGUGCUCAUCCGUGGCUAUGAGGACUACCGCCACCCUGUCAUGUGGAAACAAGAGACCGACCGUGAGGACCUGGACUUCCCCACCGCCUUUCACAAACUGGACAGUAAGAAGUGCGAGUACCUCUUCCCCGACGGCCCCGGUGGGGACUCCCACUCUGGCCCCGGUAUGGGCAUCGGAACAGGCAUGGGGCUCGGUCUGGGCAAGGACACAGCCAUCAAGACUCAGCCGUCGCCCCUGCUGAAGUCCAAGAAGGGCCGUCGGCGGCGAGAGGACGGCGAACGUUCGCGCUGCAUCUACUGUCGGGAGAUGUUCAACCACGAAGACAACUGGCGGGGGCAGUGCCAGGACGCCCCCGACCCCAUUAAGCAGUGCAUCUACAAAGUCAGCUGCAUGCUAUGUGCCGAGAGCAUGCUGUACCACUGCAUGUCUGACUCGGAGGGUGACUUCUCAGACCCCUGCUCUUGUGACACAUCUGACGAGCAGUUCUGUCUGCGCUGGCUGGCCCUGGUGGCGCUGUCCUUCAUUGCGCCCUGCAUGUGCUGCUACCUGCCUCUGCGCGCCUGCCAUCACUGUGGCGAGGCCUGCCGCUGCUGUGGGGGCAAGCACAAGGCCGCGGGGUGACCCAACGCCGGACACUGGGACACCCUCAAAGCUAGCUAACAAAGGAAGUGAAUAAAAGCGGAAAAUUAAAAGCCGACAUCCUUUUUUCAUUCCCCUCUCAGACGGGGUGAUAUGUUGUUGAUCCCCAGCUCUGAGGGCUUUUGGAGAUUUCAGUUUGUGUUUGUCGCCGACAAGCAGCAGUGGAGGACAAACCAUAUGCUUUGUGGGGGCUCUGAGCAUCAAGCUAAGUUCAGGAGCUUAAUCUGAGGAGAGGAGGAGGAGACGACGUCAUGAAUAAUAGACUCGGAGAUGUUACUACACACACCUGAACACACACACACCUCUCUCACAUUCACACUCAUACAUCGACAAAGCCAGGCCACAAAUAUCAGAACUCUAGUACAAGUAAUGUGUAACUUUAUGAAGGAAAAUUGUCUUUUGUACAGAGAGUGACAACUUAAUGACAAAAAAGAAAACAAAACUAUUCUGCGUUGAGAAAAAAAGUUCUUGCUGUUUGAGUAUGCUAAAAGGGAUAUGUUCUUGCUUUUUUUGUGAAUUUGCAGUUGGGUAACAGUGGCCUUUCCUUCAUGGCUUAAGCAUUUGCUGACAAUGUAAUUACUAGACAGAGAAAAGUGCACUAGAAAUGGUAUUCACCCUGAGUAAAGGUAACCCUCUCAAAUUCUUGUGGUAUAUUAACCACCAUGAUUAGUGUAAUCUUAACAUUUGAGAGAUGUUGCUGUGGAGGAUGUAAGGCCAAUUGAUUUCCUUUCCAUCAAAUGUUUAAAAUAAAUUAAAUAGUAACAGCUUGUUUUAAAGGUACAGCUUGACAUAGCUCUUAAAUUUGAUUUAAAACAUGUUAAAAGUGUUUUUUUGCCUUCUUGAGGUGAUUUUAGACCAUUUGUUUGCAUUCCAAAAUAAAGGGAUCGAUUCCACGAUUAGAAGGGAAAAUGGUAAUGACUUUACCAUGUUGAGUUCCCCCAAAACAAUUUUACCACCUCAAGAGAAUAGCAUGAUUAGAACCUCUUGAACCAGUUAAAGUGAAACCAAUACAGGACAAUUUCAUUUACUUCAGUGAAUCUCAGUUUCAGUCCAGUUAUUUACUGCUGUUGUGAAAUUGACGUUUUUGUUUCUUCAUUGUUAUUUUUCCUGCUCAUUUUUCAAAUUAGUUUUGAAUCAAAGGUUGAAAUGUUGCUCAACCAGCAAGUUUUGCUUUGGUGAGGUAAGGGGGUUACAGUGCUCCUUGGUGAAAUGAUGAGGCACUUAAAUUAUGCUAUUCUUUGAAAUGAGAACCCCUCAGAUUUUGGGAUUCGUCUGUACGUAAAUUUAACUAAUUUAACAUCUACUUUGGCAUGGGGGAAACCCCUCCUUAAAGCACUGCUCUCCAAGCUUUGGUUGCAGCACCCUCUCCAAAUUUCUAUGUUUGUCCCAUGAACCUUUUUGUUUCUUUUUGUUUUCUUCAUGUUUCCUGCAUAUGCUGUGUAAAUGUAGUUUUACAUUGUUCCUCAGAAAUUAGUCCACUCCUUCCAUGUGUCUUCAUUUAACAGGCCCUGAAUGAAUGAAUGCAUUGUUUUAGGAAUGCUGUGUAUCUUGGCUAUAAAAAAAAUACAUACAGGUGUUAUAUAUGUGUGUGUGUGUGUGUGUGUGUGUGUGUGCAUAGGUCUUCAUAUGCAAAGAUGGUUUCAUGUCAUGUAACGUCAGCACUGACUGUGUAAUUAAGGCUUUGACUCGUAACAGUACUUCCAGCUGCUUGUUUCUCAAAGCAUCUUGACUGUUGACUUCAAAGUGAAAACAAACGAAAUGCACUUGUUCGCUUUUUUGCAGGUAGAUGAAGAAGAUUGAUUCCAUUCUCACGCCUGUAUGCUAAAUAUGAAGACUGCUAGCUUGGCUCUGUCCAAACAUAGCCGAGUCUGACUGCCAGUACCUCUAAAGUUAAUUAAUUAACAUGUUAUACCGCCUUUGUUGAAUUCAUUAGAAGAGGGUGGAAAAAAAAAACAGUUUAUGUAAUUACAGGAGGUUAUGUGUGGAGCUAUUUCUUGGACGCUUAUGGUGAGUUCCUAGAGUCCCUUUGUCACCAUGAGAUUGCCAGGCAAUCGGCAGCGACUCCGGGAAGUCGUGGUGCCUGGCCAAAAAGUAGUCCCACACAUCACCCCCUCUAUAACUUGUCAUUUUUACACUUGAUUAAACAAACCAGCUAUAUGUGCUAAAAGCUCUAGAGAUGCUGCCAGGUGGGUUAUUUUACAGAGCCAGGCUAGCUGUUUCCCUCUGUUUCCAGUCUUUAUGCUAAGCUAAGCUAGCCCACUUCUGUCUGCAGCUUCAUAUUUAGCAAAUAGACAUGAGAGUGGGAUCAGUCUGCUCCUUUAGCUCCUGGUAUGAACACAAAUAAGGGCAUUUCCCCAAAUGUCAAACUACUCCAUUACCAUCCUUUGGGAAACGGGGUCUAGGUAGACUGUUUUUUGAGUCUUACUGUUUUGGAACCACAAUGCCCUCCCAGAAGAGCAGAAAAUUCUCAAGUGAACCAAUACUGACUCAAACUAUUCUGAACAACACUUGGUUAGAACAAAGUCCCGACAGUAAUAACAGUUCAAUUUGGAUGUCUGGCUGCAAUAACUGAAACGCUCCCUAACUACGGCAUUGACUUGUUUCAAAUUCGUGCUAACUGUAAAACGCCUCAGUUUUCAGUAGCAGAUUUGGUACAACAUCCAAAUGCUGUCACUAAAAGAUAUGCAUCUUUUCUCACCUCCUGUCACUCCAAGUUAAAAAAAAAAAAAAACAGUUGUAGUGGCACCUCAGUCUGAGUACAGGAGAAACAUUCAUUUUCCUAAUUCCACCCUGACCAAUGCUCCCUUUACUUUCUAUGCAAACUUUGUAACGUGGGAAACACAUUGACCUCUCUGCAGACUGAGUCAGUGACGGGACAGGACACUUUAACUUCUAUAUAGGUAGACGACCAAGCCCUGGUACCAAACUCCAAACACCUGUAAAUACGUAACACUAUAUUUAAGUACUGAUAAAUAAUCCCAGCUUUUUUUUUUUUUUUUUUUUUUUUUUUUUUUGUCUUUGAAAUUUUAAAGAUAGAGCUGUAUUUAUCGUUGCUGUCAGCAUAUACUGUAGCUUCAAAUGACAGCAUUUUGUACAUAGGUCACCUUUUAGUAUUAUUUCACAUUGAAAAGUAGAGGGCGUUUGUGGUGGAAAUGACUAUUGAGCUUCUAAUAGAGUUUCUCUCUAGUUUUGUACGGUAGAAGGAAGGAUAGCGCUAACACGGUACAGUAGUGGCAGUCCACUUGUUUCUAAAGUUUGAUAUAUAAAUAUAUAUAUAUACGUACGUACAUAUAAAGCUGCUAGAUACAAUCACUAAUUUUAUUGUGUUGACAGAGAAAAUCAGCUAUGAACGACUGUUAAACCCUAACUCUCCAACAGCAUAUAACAGCGACAGUCAGUUUUCAAACGUUCGAUUGCUCUGCGCGAUGAAGUGGACACUUGUGCAUGUGUGUGGGUGCGCGAGUGUUUCUAUAUAUGUGCGUUCUUGUGUGCCCACGAGUGUGUCAGCGUACUGUAUGUAUGUCGGUUUCCAGGCUAGCUGGGCGGUGUGCGUGCGGGGUUGGUGUGUAACCAAAUGUUUUGGUUGGUUGUCAUAUUCUCCCAUUGUAAUCGGACGGCCCUGCAUUUUACUGCAAGCUGAACCAAGGUUUGAUGAACCUGAUUAAAACUUGCUGGCUGAGAAGCAAAAAUGUAGGACGUGCAUUUAUACAAAGUGUAGAGAAUGCUGAAAUAACACUUCUCAUUCUGCAUUAACCAGCACAGUGCAACUUCCUGUCAUGUACUGUAUUAUAUAUGCAACAUGUGUCUGUCCGCUUUAAUAUAUAUAUUUUUUUGACCUGCAUUAUAUAAGACUUCAGUUUUAACCACUUUGCUGCUAGUCUUUUAUCCUCUUUCAAUCUUGGAAAUUGUGCAUAUCUUUGGGAAUGCAUACAAGUGUACAUUCUUGACAUUGUGUAGAUUAAAAAAAAAAAGAAAAAAGCUAUAUAAACCUGUUUCUCUUCAGUGUAUUGUUUUAAAAAGGUUACUUUUCACAGCAGUUGAGUGGUUAUGUUUCAAUUCUCCAAUGCUUUGGUGCACUGAUGAUACUAUAUGUAAGCUUUUUUUUCAUCUUUCAGCGCUUGAUGUAACAUUUAUGUGAUUAGUUCUAAAUAGUGGAAGACAUUUGUGUUUUGAAACUUGCAGUAUAAAUGGUACUACUCUUAACUAUUCUGUAAACACUGCCUGUUUUCUUUCUUUCUUUCACUCUCUCUCUUUGUGCAUAUUUCUUUUCCUGUGCAUCUUUUUUCCCCCCCUCUUAAGUUUCUUAGUGCCAUCGGCUUUCACAUCCUGACAACCUCAAAAAAGUGCCUCACGUCCAUCCUAGUUUCCAUCUUACAAUUUAACAUCUCUCAUUCUGGUUUUAUUGGUUUCUACGCGUCUGGGUAUUUCUUCGAGAAUACCAAGUAUCUGAUGUAAAAUUUAUAGUACCAAUAACUCAUGUCAUAGUUGUAUUUUCUUUAUACAGAUGUAGCUUGUUACUUUUCAUAAAUAUAUAAUGUAAAUAUGCAUACAUAUGUUUGUAACUGUUUUUAUGUUACAUCAUACACUUGUAAUUUGACAUAUCAAAUAACAUUAUCAUAAUAAAAUGGUGAGUUUUAAUCUUU